CAGCGGAGAGGGAAGUCACGUUCGGGGGAUUUAAAGAAAAACAAACUGGAGACAACGACAAAGAAUUGAAGCGGUAGAACAAGGCCUGUGAGAAAGUCUGACUAUCCUCUGUGUUGGGAAGAAAGUCAGUGUGCAGGGAUUGGCCACGAGUGCGCGGAAGUUUGUGUUUACUGAUGUUGUGGUAGCUAGCUGGUUGGCCCUGUUAGCUUGUUAGCGAGGAAGGUGCGCGCUGGUCGGACUGCUGGAUAUCAACAUUUACAACUAGCCAAACUUAACAGACACGUUGCUGGUUACAUCCUCUCAUUUAAAAACUGUUUGGCAGAUGUUGCGGCGACUUGCUGGUCUGGCUGUCAAACUCUUGUAACGGUAGUUUCGGGCCACAAGCUUUGAAUCUUGUGGGGUCGCGUCAAACGCAAACAGCGCUCAUACAUAAAGAGAGAAAACGCACUUUAAGCCACGUUCUUACUGUUAUAGAUCUACUCGUGGCUAUCUAACAUCCGAGCUUCCCCUCGUCGCCGCUACGGAUGACCUAUCAGAUCGAUCAGUCUCGCAACGUUGGACCCGCGACCCGUCCUCCACAUCGGACCUAGUUCAUCGUCUUCGGUCGCGAUGGGCCCCUUGUUCAGCUAGUACGACGCGUGGAAACAAUCUGCAGCUCUCUAACCAUGGGAGGAUGUGUGGGGAGAUACUGGGAAGGCUGGGAGGACUCACAGAGCCGAGGCUCGUCCAGGAACGGUGGACGAGGAGGACGGAACGAGCCUCUGAAGAAAGACCGUCCCAAGUGGAAGAGCGACUAUCCGAUGACAGAGGGCCAGCUGCGGAGCAAGCGGGACGAGUUCUGGGACACGGCGCCGGCCUUCGAGGGCCGCAAGGAGAUCUGGGACGCCCUGAAAGCUGCCGCUGUGGCCCUGGAGUGUAACGACCACGAGCUGGCCCAGGCUAUAGUGGAUGGAGCCAGUAUCACCCUGCCACAUGGUACUCUCGCAGAGUGUUACGACGAACUGGGGAACCGCUACCAGCUGCCCGUCUACUGCCUGGCUCCACCAGUCAACCUCAUCUCAGAGCGCAGCGACGAGGACCCCAGCGACAGCCCCGAACCCCCUGUAGCACCCAAGAAGGAAUUCCAGCUCAAGGUACGGCUCUCCACGGGCAAGGACCUGCGCCUUAGCGCCAGCAUGGCCGACACCAUCGGGCAACUAAAGAAGCAGCUGCAGGCCCAGCACGACAUCGACGCCACCCACCAGCGCUGGUUCUUCUCCGGGAAGCUGCUGACAGACAAGACGCGGCUGCAAGACACCAAGAUCCAGAAGGACUUUGUCAUCCAGGUCAUCGUCAAUCCGCAGGCGCUCCAAGCCCCCAAGCUGUCUCCCACCACCGCCGCCUCCUUGCCUGCAUCUGAAUAAUUGAGGACACAGAGGACGGAUGGAGGGGUGGUGCAGUGGGUCACGAGGAGGCUGACUCACACUAAAGGACCAGAAGUUCUUCCUAUUGCUGGAUGACUGUAGCUUUUUGAGAACAGCUACUGGUAUCGAAAUAAAAUGGAACUACGGUGGUACAAAACUACUUUGGAGCAAAAAUACGAGGGGGAAACUCAAAAGUGCUGCUUUCUUUCAUCUACCAUGUGUCAUUGUAUUUGCUGGGACUGCUGGGUUGUUAUCUAAGUGAAUCCAGUCACCACACUAACUCUGCACAUCUUCGUCCACAAGUUCUUUGAACCAUCUUGAAUAAAAGCAGAACUUAAAAUGCUGGCGUGCAGCCUUUCAACCACAUACAGAGUGUGCACAUCGCGCUGCACAUGCAGGCUCUGCAUCUGCCCUCGUGUCUGCACUAAUGCUAACUAAGUGCCAAUGGAAGAAAUGCCGAGGCGUUUGUGUUGGUUCUAAAGCACAUUUCAACUAUGACUCCAUGGACUCUGCACUGCAACCCUUUCUCCUCCGCAGAAACGGGAGGAGCCGGCGGAGAACGAGAUACUGAACAUUUCCUUUCUUUUUUUCCCCCCUUAUUUCUUUUAUUGAGGAAAUAAUGUAAACUGAGCUUUUUUGCACAUUUGGAGAUUAUUACUAUACUUUUGUGGUAGUUUGUGUGCCUUCUACAAGACAAAACAAAAAAGGGUUAAUGUCCUGAAUGACGCUAGUUUUACUGCUAGGCUAAGAUUUCUGUAUUUUUUUAGAUUCAGGAAAUCUUAGGUCAAUCCAAGCUAUAACUGCUGCCUUUUUUUUAACGAUUUCAGAAUUUCAUCUUGCAGACAAACACCUGGUGUAUGCAUGCGUGCGUGCAUGUGUGUGUGUAUGCGUGUAUGCGUGCGUGCGUGCAUGUGUGUGUGUAUGCGUGUAUGCGUGCGUGUGUGCAUGUAUUGGCCCAUAUGAUAUAUUUCAGUACGACGUAGCUCACAAGACUGUUUACCCGGUGUAUAAAUCAUAGCUUUUCAGUCAGUCACAUCAUAUUAUCUGGGGAGGGAGGAAUUCCCAUGCAAAAAUGAUGGUCUUAACAUUUUAGCAUUAUUGACCACUUAAUACCCCUUGACCAGUAGGGGUCAGCAACGCCGCCCUGAUAUAGUCAGUUGCGUAGGGCUGGUUGUCCGUUUUUUCCACCACCUGAUGAAUGUAAAUCCAGUAUUCACUCGCCUUUUAUGCUUGAUGUGGUCCAGUACCUUCAAAGGAAAAUAUCUGUCCCAUUUGAUCGCUCGAUGUUUGGCUUUCGUCACCAGCAUAGCUAGGAGUCUAUAUGGAGCGGUGAAUAGAAGCAAUGAGCUGGAGGCCGCAAAAAGCUUUAGACUUUGGUGUUAAAUCGGCAGUAUCCAGCUGCAUUGUGGGAAAUAUAAGAGCCAGUUUUUUGGAGCUUGACCCCAUAUAAGGGACUAAAAGUUUUCGGCCUCGACUGCUUCUAUUUUCUUCAUUGUUUCUUUAAAUCUCUCUCUCACAUGUCCUCACAAGUUAAUGGAAGUUAAGUUUGUUUUAUUUGACCUGGACAUAACAACAGCAUUGGGACAGCACAUACGAUUAGCACAAGCACCAGGUGCACUGCACUGUUUGUAGUGAAAGGCUGAUUUUACAACAUCUGUCCACAAGAGGCUUUUUUAGAAGUUAAAACAGAAAGAAGAGAAGAAAAUAAAGACGGGUACUAAAACAAUACAGGUAUACAACAAUAAAAUGAUACAAAUGCAGGUGUGUCUGUACAGAGGUAUGAGAGCAGUGCUGCUUCUCUUUUAGCCAAUAAAAACACUGAAAUUGCUGGAGCGCCGGUGUCUCAAACAUGUAGCCAUCUAAAAAUAAGCUUUCGAAACUGAACUGAACAGUGGUGCCACCUCAUGGGUUUUCUGUCCGUCAUCUUUAUCGUCCGGAUAUGUAGCGACGUGAUUGUGACCAGGAUGUGCUGCAGUACGUUAGGUGUGAGGACAGCUGAUCCUUUCCGAUGAGCCUGAAUCAGUUCAGAUUGAACUUCUCGCAAAUAUACCGAGGGGACAGAAACAUGUCGGCCACAAACACAUUUGACUUGAGUUUCUGCUGGACGUUGAAGUUCCUGUUAGGCCAGUAGGAACACUGUGGCUACAUUCACACUGCAGCUCAAAUCGCAAACUUUAGUUAUUGUGUCUUUUGAGGGCUCCUCUCAGUUUAGUGCAUAUAUAUAUGUGGAGGCAAUCAAAGCUGGAAUGAAUUUGUAUCAGUAACUGAAGACCUUCAGAAAUUAAACCACUGCUGAAUGCUUUUGUUAAAUACCACUGAUUUUAUAGCACUGGAUCAUUUGAAAACAAUCUAAAUGGUUUGGAUUACCCUGUUUCAUGUUUCUACUAAAGUCAUUCAAAGUUUUGACAUUUUGAAGAUGUGCAGUGUUUCGGGGGGAGCGGGCUUUCACACAUCCAGAUACAUAGAAUACAGGGGUUUUUUUUCUUAUUCAUGCUAGCAGCGUGGCUCUGUUGGGUGAUCAGUGGUCCAGACUGAAAGAUCUGUGUCAAACAUUUGAUGGAUUUGAUCACUUUGGUGAUCCAUCAUCACAUCCAGUAUAUCCAAGUACUUUGGUUUAUGAGCAGAUACUUGUAAACUAAUGCCACCCCCAUCAGCCUCAGCUGUACUUAAUGUUAGUACAAAUUAGCUCAUUUUUAAUGCUAAAAGCUAAGAUGGUGAAAAGAAACUCUAUACCUGCGGAACAUCAGCAGGUUGAUGUCAUCAAUGUGAACAUGUUAGCAAGCAGACGUUAGCAUUUAGCUCACAGCUUCGCUCUGCAGAGCUGCUGGCAUGCCUUGUUAAAUCUGCAAAAUGACAAAUUGAAUUUCUUGAAUAUUUAUUUUAAAUAUUGAACACUAUUUUUUUUAUCUCGCUAUAUGUCUGUCAUUGUGAACCCUUUAUAAAGUACACGAAUAAAAAUCACAUUUUUGAAACUGUACAACUUGAACUCACUGCUAGAUAUUUCAAAACUUGAGGGGAAUUCAAACCUGACGAGGAGAGGCAAAGAUACAAAAAUGCCUUUGCUGUGCCUCCUUCCAUCGCUGUGACUUCCAGGUCAUGCUCGUGUCACAUUUGGGUUACAUCCCAGAAUAGAUAUUCAGGCAGGUCAGGGUUGAGAAUGGAGACCUGCUUUGUGAAUGUAGCCUGUAUUGAAUGUGUGAGUGUGAGUGUGUGUGUGUUUUCAUGGCAGAAUACUUACUAUAUAGUAUUUUUUUGUUUUUUUCCGACCUACUAGCCUGUAGCCCGACAUGCAUCGUUUUCAUUCACCGCUCCUGAUGGAGGGAAUAAAACUGCACCAUCAGUGUGAAGCCUAACUGAGCCACAGCUCACCACAUCAAGAAAAAAAGAGAGUUUCAUCUUCUUCUCUAUCCAGUCUCAGAUAAUCACCCUUUUUGGUUAUUUCCAGGUGUUUUUUUUGUUGCCUUUCUUUUACCAAUGGUUCUUCUGGGGAUGUUUCUUAAUGUAUGCAAACUUGAAUAAGCAUUUUGUUCUGUAUGUGCAAUACAAUAGACAUAGACCUCAUAUCAUUUUUGUUUUGUUCUUCUCACUACAGACUUCAUGGAGCACCAGCUACAAGUAUUGUUAAAGAAAUGUCAGCCCAGGUACAAGCCUGCUAUCAUCUGAUGCCUCUUUUCAGCUGUUUCAAAUGUUUGUCACUUUGAGAUUGUAUUCUAAGCUGUCGUCUCGACCCCUCACAUGGGCUCUCACCUUUUCACAGAGUAAAUAUUGAAACAUUAAAAAUGCCUACACAACUUGUCCCUCCUGGUGUCCGUUUACGUCUCAGGUGUGAAGGUUAGCGUGUCACUGAGCCUCGGGCUGGGGGGGGGAAAGCUCUGCCGACGACUUCAUCGAUAGCGUCUCCUGUUACGGCGUCCUUGCUGAAGUGAGCCGUGGGUGGGUGUGUGUCUUCUGACUAACGUGUCCCUGUGCCUGUCCUGAGUUUGAACUCACUAACAAGCCGUGGCCAUUGUUUCACGUUGAACUACAAGGUACAACAUAUUAGUACAAUGGAAAAGGGUUAAGGGAACUUCCUCUAGUUGGAACCUGCAGAGAAGUCCAGAAGGAACCCCUUCAUAGAAAGCUGUAGCAUUUACCAAAAGAAGUAGCCAGAUGCAUAUUCUCCGCCAGUUAAACACAGUCUGCACAGUCCUUAGAGGGGGUCUGAUCAGGCAAGACCCUCACCUGUGUGGGUCUGCAGGGCCUUUAGAAGUCCACUCCAUAACACAGCCUUGAAAUUCACUAGUUUGUUCUAAUGGAAUGUGCAAUAAAUGCUCGUCUCCAGCCUGAGUGCACAUCAGAGACUUCUACAUCUGCUUAUGAUUGGUGAUCAACAAGGUCGCAGUGCUGGUCAGAUUCCCUUUCAGCAUAUCACACUGAAAAUCCGACUCAGACACAGACGUUCAACCUCCAGUUAAUAGUUAAUAAGAAAGAUCAUUUUCUUCCCUGAAGUGUUUUCUCAUCCUACUUAUUCAUUUGUCAACCUUGUACGUUAAGGAUAUGUUAUAUUCCAGACACUCGUGCUGGAUAAGUCCCAGUUUGAGCCCCCUGAUGCCAAAAGUUGGACCUCUCUUUUUAAUUAAAACUAAAGGAACUUUUUUAAGAGUCCCAAUUUCAGGCAUUUGGAGAAAUAGGAGGCAUCUCUGACCACAUCUUCCUCAAUUUUGGUCACAUGUAACAGGCUGCCCACGUGUCGUCAAGCACAUGUUUUUUAUGGUACACAGAGGGAAGUGAAGUUGCAUUUAAAGUUGGUUAUUAAGCUGGUUAUACAAGCCAUAACACUCCAGGAAUGUUUAUUUUAAACUUAUGUAAGAUACAAUAGCACUCCAUGCAUCCUUUCUCUGCUUUAAAACUCAAAAGAGGGCACUGCAGUUAAAUAAAGCUGUCACACAAAUACAGCCAUACAGCACUGAGAGGAGAGAAAUCUCAUGUGUUUUUCAGGUGUUCCCUCACAAUGUGUCUGUACUCAGUCCAAACAAAAAUGACAAACUCAAGUCAUCACAAUCAUGAGUGA